AUGGCCGCCAAAGCAGUGAUACCGUUCCUUGUGGGAAUGAUGCUGGUCACUGGGUGCGCCAACACACUUCUGACAAAGUUUCAAGAUCAACAAUGUGUAAGGGGCUGCACGAGCAAGAAUCCGAAGGAUCACAGGACGUUCGAACAACCAGUCAUCCAGACAGUACAAAUGUUCAUCGGUGAGAUGGGAUGUUGGCUCGUCAUGUUGGGCUUCUACCUGUACCGCUACGUGAUCCUUCGCUCCAAAGAUACCCCUCUCUUCCACCGACCUGUCAAUGCCGAAGACGACCAGGAGGAGCAAGAGGAGGACGAUGACACUGUCCGGCCGGCCUCUUCACGCGAUGCUACCGAUCCCGCCUUGAAGCCACUCUUACCCAACGCCGACGAUCGAGCGCAUCUUGAGGGUUGGAGGGUCGUUUUGUUAGGACUUCCAGCUUGUUGUGACAUUGCAGGCACAACCCUAAUGAACGUUGGAUUACUGUUUGUGGCUGCCUCCAUAUACCAAAUGACCAGAGGCGCGCUGGUUCUGUUCGUCGGACUGUUUAGUGUCCUGUUCUUGAAGAGAAAGCUCUAUCUGUACCAUUGGGUCUCCCUUCUCAUUGUGGUACUAGGGGUUGCCUUGGUUGGUCUGGCUGGGGCGAUUUCCUCUGGCGAUAAGACCUCUCCUGCACCCAAGGAGGGUAGUCUGGAGCUGGUGCGGCACGCGAUACUCAGUGUGAGAGACGUUGUACUGGAAUCGGUGGAUCCUACAGUUUUGCGCACAAUCCUGGGUAUUUUCCUGAUCGCAUUCGCUCAAAUCUUCACCGCCACACAAUUCUGUCUCGAAGAAUGGAUCCUGGAACAUUACGCCCUGGAGCCACUCAAGGUGGUUGCGUGGGAAGGCUUGUUCGGCUUCGUCGUCACCGUCAUAAUUCAAGUCAUUCUGCACUUGGCGGUUGGCAUCACCAAAGCUGGGAAGUACGGAUACUUUGAUGCCGAGGAAGGCUAUCGUCAAGUGUUCAGCAACCGUGCAAUCGGCAUUUCAAGUCUUGCAAUCAUGGUCUCCAUUGGCGGCUUCAACUUCUUCGGACUCUCGGUAACUCGAAGCAUAUCCGCCACUUCUCGGUCUAUUAUUGACACCUGCCGUACGCUUUUCAUUUGGAUUGUCUCGCUUGGACUUGGAUGGGAGUCAUUCAAAUGGCUCCAGGUGCUUGGUUUUGCCUUGCUAGUAUAUGGUACAUUCAUGUUCAACGACCUCGUCAGACCACCGAUCAAAGCCCUGUUUCCGCAAAGGCGAACCGGUGAAUACGAGGCACUUUUGCCAGAAGAACCAAUAGAGCAUAUAUAG